AUCAACCUUCACCCCAGGUUCUCCAUGCCGGAGACCUCCCCAGCUUUGCUGUGGACGGGAAGGUUGGCGAUGCUCUGCGUUCCGUGUCUGGGGAUCUCGGGCGUUUGUCCCGACUUGUCUGCGGACAAGCUGUCCCCUCGUGCUGCUCCUCCUUGCGUCUCCUUGCUUCCCCCCUGACACGCGAGGGUGGACAGUUCUACCACCCCACCUCUCGUCGUGUUCUGUCCUCCCAGGACGUCAUGUUCGACGAGUCGGUCCCCUACUACCGUGUGUCCCAGGUAGACGCUGUUGAGCCUGUCGAGGUCGCUAGUGACUCUGGUGCUGUUGAGGGUGCUGAGCCUGGGGGUGCUGACUCUGGGGGUGCUGAGCGUGUGGGUGCUACGCCUGGGGGUGCUGAGCCUGAGGGUGCUACUAAAGGGGGAGCUGAGUCUGGGGGUGCUGAGCCUGGGGGUGCUACGCCUGGGGGUGCUGAGCCUAGGGGUGCUGAGCCUGGGGGUGCUACCCUGGAGGUACUGAGCCUGGGGGUGCGGAGCCUGAGGGAGCUGGGCUUGCUGGUGCUGUGGCUGGCGGUUCUCCGGGCGAGCUGCUGGAGCUGGGGUGCUGCGGGUACUGGAGGUUCUGUUGCUGCUGAGGGAGCUGGUGCCACGGGUCGCGGAGGUGCUCGUGCUGGAGUACUGGAGCUGCUGGGCCUGCGGGUACUUUCUGGAGCUGGAGCUGCUGCGGGUGUUGGCGCGGAGGCUACUGCUGUCGGUCCUGGAGGCGGUCCUGCUGGGGUACUACUGGUGCUGCUGGAGGUACUGGAGCUGGAGCUGCUACUGGUGCUGGUGCUACCACUGGGGGUGCUGGUGCUGUCCCUGCUGUGUCUGGAGUCGCCUGCGCGGCCUCGCCGUACUUCGUUCCGCUCCUUCAGCAGGUUCUUGAUGUCUCUGCAUCCGUCCACUGCUCCUCUGCGUGCCCCUUUGCCUUCUCCUCCUGAGUCUUCUCUUCCUGCUCUUGCCGACCCGGAGUCGGACUCUCUUCGUGCUGCCAGUCCUACUGUCACGCGUCUCCUUGCUACUGUCGUCACUGACCAUUCUUUUGAGUCCACUGCUGCGUCUGCCCUAGUUGCUGAGCUCGUCGACUUUGCUGCUCGCUGUCGUCUAGACUACGCUGCUAGUCUUGUCGCUGAGUCUGAGUCUGUCUGUCCUCCGUCCGUCUGGGGUGAGUGUGCCCUUGGCACGGACGUCCUUGAGGACAGGCAGGAGGAGUUCCAGUGUCUGGCUGCUGCUUCACCUCAUCUCGUGUCCGUACUGCUUACCCCUGAGGGAGACCCGGAUGCACUUGACAUCCCGACUCCGCGCUCUUAUGCGGAGGCCAUAGAGGGGUCCCUACUCCUCUCAGUGGCAGGCAGCUAUGGAUGCAGAGAUUGCUUCCUGGAAGUCCUCAAGCACCUACGUUCGACGCGGUUCCCCCACCUGGGGCGAAACAUCGUCAGUGGCAUUUGGAUCUUCAGGGUGAAGCGGCCGCCAGGUUCUCCACCUGUCUUCAAGGCGCGGUACGUGGCUCGUAGCUUCAGUCAGCGGCAGGGAGUUGACUACUUUCAGACCUUCUCUCCCACCCCGAAGAUGACCACUCUUCGGGUGCUGCUGCACAUAGCCGCUCAGCGCGACUACGAGCUUAACUCUCUUGACUUCAGCACUGCUUUCCUUGCAGGGCAGCCUGCACGAGGAGAUCUGGCUUGCGCCGCCCACCUGGCUUUACUGGGACUUUCCUCCUCGCACCCAGUGGAGCCUCCAGCGGCCAGUCUACGGUCUCCGCCAGGCACCGCGUGA